AUGACUAAGAUCGACCACAAGACUCCGUUCGAGAUCGUGUACAAGUCGAAACCAAGUGUCAAGCACAUGCGCGUGUGUGAAUGUCGGGCGUUUAUCCUGACACCAAGGGAGAAGCGAUUGAAGUGGGACCCGAAGGCUCGUGAAGGGAUGUUCAUGGGCUACGAAGAAGCGUCAAAAGCUUAUCGAGUGUACGACAUUGAGGCGGGCCAAGUGGUAAUCAGUCGUGACAUCACCUUCGACGAAUCGACUUUUGACUUUUCGAUGGACCGACCAAGUGACGAUGAUGAAGAUGCGGAGUUGGACCUCGACCUCCUGGCGAUCAACGAGGACGACGUGCGUCAAACCGUCUACAAGCAGACUGGCAAGCGCAAGAGUAAAGCAAGACCCGGCAUGUCACGUUCAGCUCGCCCUCGAACUGGUUUGGAACAAGCAAGUGCGCCGGAACACGUCUCCAACCGUCACCAGAAACGACGAUCAAGUGCUCCAGAAACGAUGUCUGAUGACGAAGAAGAUGCAAGCGUGUACGAUCAAGAUGACGACUCGACGCCUCCAACAUUUUGGCGUGCAAGUGCAAACGCAGUGGAAGCAACGGACCUAGCAGAACCUGUGACUUUUCAAGACGCGAUCAAUGGUCCUGAUCAAACUCACUGGCGAAAUGCUGUGAAGGCGGAACUCAAGUCGAUGCAUCUUCGUGGAGUUUUCCGUGCGGCAAAACUGCCAAGAGGCCAAGGCGCGAUCGGCACCAAGUGGGUGUUCAAGAUCAAGCGCAAAGCGGAUGGAUCGGUCGAGAAAUACAAGGCGCGUCUCGUUGCCAAGGGCUUCAAGCAGAAGUACGGCAUCGACUACACAGAGACGUUCUCGCCCGUGGUCAAGUACGUGACACUGCGUAUGGUGAUCGCGAUCACCAAGUAUUUCGACUGGCCACUGGACCAACUCGAUGUGGUGACAGCCUUUCUCUACGGAGUGAUGAAGGAGAAGGUGUACUGCGUGAUACCAGAAGGCGUCGAGAUGGAUGGCGACUUCGACUGUCUCGAGUUGGUGAAAGCGAUCUACGGUCUCAAGCAAGCUUCACGUGUGUGGAACGAGACUUUCGACGAGUUCGUAUGCUCCAUCGGUUUCGAAGCGUCGGCGUUCGACCCAUGUCUCUACAUCAAGGUUGUCGACGGUCACUGUGUGCUCGUGCUGGUCUACGUGGAUGACGUGUUGGUCACCGGCAGCUCGCUCGAGUUGAUUGCGCAGACGAAGGCCGACCUCAAGACGCGUUUCGAGAUGACCGACAGUGGCAAGUGUACUUUUGUACUGGGCAUUGAACUGGUGGACGAAUCGGAUGGCAGCGUGACGAUGUGCCAGCGACGGUAUGUCAACGACAUCCUCAAGCGCUUCGGCAUGGAUGAGUGCAAGGCCACAGCAAGUCCGGUCGACUUGAGCACUCGGCUUGUCGCAAGCACCGAAGCGGCCAAGAUCGACGUUCCGUUUCGUGAAGCUGUGGGAGCUUUGAUGCACUUGACGACUGCGACGCGCCCGGACAUUGCGUAUGCUGUGGGGUACGUCUCGCUCUUCAUGGAGAAUCCGCAGCAAGAACAUUGGACGGCGGUGAAGCGCAUCUUUCGUUACUUGCAAGGGACCAAGUCGCACGGACUCCGCUUCCAGCCAAGCGACAAGAUCGACUUUCGUGGCUACUCGGACGCGGACUGGGCCGGCGACCACGCUGAUCGCAAGUCGACUUCGAGUUACACUUUCAUGCUGAUGGGUGCUCCUGUGAGUUGGGGAAGCAAGAAGCAGUCAAGUGUGUCGCUGUCGACGAGUGAAGCGGAAUACAUCGCACUGAGUCUGGCCAUCCAGGAAGGCAAGUGGGUGCAUCGCCUGCUAUGCGAGAUUUUGGCGGCCGCAAACGAACCAGGACCGGACCUCGUCAUCCGUGAAGACAACCAGUCGUGCAUCAAGAUGACGAAGAAUCCGGUGAAUCAUGGCCGCGCCAAGCACAUCGACAUCAAGUACCAUCACAUCCGUGAUGAGGUCAAGCGCGGUGAAGUGCAGCUCGAGUAUUGCGAGACUUCCGUGAUGAUGGCGGACAUCAUGACCAAGGGACUUUCGGGACCUCGUCACAAGGACUUGACGACGGCUCUCGGCAUUCGUGCGAGUUCGGAUUGA